UAGCAGCCAUAUCUAUGCGGUGUGGGUUUUUACAGACAGUUGCAAACGGACGCAAAAUGUCAACAACACAUUUAGUUGGAGCUGUUGAUCAAGGAACAAGCAGUUCACGAUUUCUGAUCUUCUCUGCAAAGGAUGGAAAGCUAAUCACAUUUCACCAACAAGAGAUUGAACAAAAGUAUCCAAAUGAAGGCUGGUGUGAGGAAGAUCCUAUUGAGAUCCUGGGCUCCGUCCAGACCUGCAUCUCUGAAGCUAUGAACAAACUAAAGGCUCUCGAUAUCAGCCCAGACAGAAUCAAAUGUGUGGGAAUAACAAACCAGAGAGAGACCACAUUGGUAUGGGACAAAGUGACUGGAAAACCACUCUACAACGCCAUUGUGUGGCUUGACAUGCGAACAGCCUCCACAGUCAAGCAGAUGAUUGGUCAGACACCUAACAAGAGUAAAGAUGAUCUCAGGCUCCAGUGUGGUCUCCCAAUCACGACCUACUUCAGUGCGUUGAAGCUGCGCUGGUUGCUAGACAAUGUGCCAGAGGUUGCCGCGGCAGUGGAAGAUGGCAGGUGCCUGUUUGGAACCGUGGACGCUUGGUUGAUUUGGAAUCUAACUGGUGGUACGGAUGGGGGUAAACAUAUCACAGAUGUGACAAAUGCAAGUCGCACAAUGCUGAUGAACAUCAACUCCCUUCAGUGGGACAAGGACCUAUGCAAGUUCUUCGGAGUGGAUGAGAGUGUUCUACCAGAAAUCCGAAGCUCGUCUGAAGUGUAUGGUAGCCUUGUCAGUGGGCCUUUGAAGGGAUGCCCGAUUGCUGGGAUACUUGGAGACCAGCAGGCCGCCCUAGUUGGACAGCAGUGUUUCCAGCCCGGACAGGCAAAAAAUACUUAUGGGACAGGCUGCUUUCUGCUGACAAACACAGGAGAAAAGUUGGUCCAAUCCAAGAAUGGUUUGUUGACAACAGUGGGGUACAAACUUGGUCCAGACACACCUGCUGUGUAUGCACUAGAGGGGGCAGUUGCAAUUGCUGGUGCAUGUAUCCGAUGGCUUAGGGAUAACCUUGGAAUCAUCUCUUCCUCGGAGGAAAGUGAAACUCUGGCUAAGGAGGUUGACAGUACACAUGGUUGCUACUUUGUACCUGCAUUCUCGGGCCUAUUUUGUCCGUACUGGCAAGAUGAUGCUAGAGGGAUCAUCUGUGGUCUGUCGCAGUUUACUACCAAGGAGCACAUUGCUAGAGCAGCGUUAGAGGCCGUUUGUUUUCAAACCAGGGAGUUGCUGGAGGCUAUGAAUGAGGACAGUGGUAUUCCAUUGAAGUCUAUCCAGGUCGAUGGGGGAAUGACGGCAAAUGGCCUUCUCAUGCAGCUGCAGGCUGAUCUUAUGGGAAUUGAUGUUGUGCGCCCAGCAAUGUCAGAGACCACUGCCCUGGGAGCAGCUAUGGCAGCUGGCCAUGCCCUCAAAAUCUGGGAGAUUGAAGAUAAGGAAAAACAGGGAGAGACGGACACGUUCAGGAGCCAGAUUGAUGUGGGAGAGAGAGACCAAAGGUUUGCCAGGUGGAAAGAAGCGGUCAAACGAUCCAUGCACUGGGCCCCUCAAGCCUAGUGUGGAUGUCACAAUCGGGGACUGAUGUUGUCCGUAACUGUUUACAAGAUGAAUGGGAACAAAUAGUGUGAUAUAUAUGUCGUUUUAAUUUAAAAUCAGGGAUUAGUAUCAAGGUUCUUAAAAUAAUUCAUGCAGGGACAUUUAGAUUAAAUUAAUGGAUAAGUGAUAAAAUGAUUUAUUUUGGAUUUUUUUUUACACUUUUUGCAUUGUUAAACAUGAAUUGUUUAUUUUUAUAAUGGUUGUGAAUGUUAGUCAGAAAGUUAAGUGAAAUGAAAUAAGUCACAUUGUUUUCCAUUUUAUUAAAAUAAAACAUGAGCAUUCUCAUUCAUCAGAGGUUCGAUAAUGAUAAAUGAUGUUGUACGCAUAGCAUCAUCACUCUGGUGUGCGGAAUGAACAUAAGGUGCUAAGAAAUUCUAUUCGAUGUAUUUUUGUUCUUUUAAAAUCCAUUUGAGCUAGAUUUUUGAGUCAUGUUUGCUUUUAUAUUGUUAUGUGAUUGGAAGCAUACUUCUUGUAGAUAUUUUGCGUUGCAUAUUAUAUACAGGCUAGUAAUUUGAUUGUACUAUAUGGUUUACCAGUAAUCUAGAUUUGUGUGUGAAUUUUAUAAGCACAAAAAUGGAAUAUGUUUUUAUAUUAUUUUACUUUUGUACAUGUGUAGUAGUUUAAUUAUAUAUGUUAAUUAUAAAAUUUACAUCGAGAUGUGCCAAGACGUCCGUCCCAGCUCAAAUAUAUGUUGGAGUUCAUUUUGAUCAUCUUCAGAAAAUGGAACUAACGCAGCGAGGCGGCUGGACAAGAAAGCUCGCACCUUUUUCUGUAUAUCCUCAAAAUGAACUAUAACCUAUUUAGUGUUCGCACUUAUUUCACCCACUAGCCUCGCCCUUUGUGUAGUCAUGCAGUAUUUUGGCACGAAAGUUAAACUGCCCGGGAGUUAGUUUCAUUAAAUGAGUAAGGCAAAUACAAUGAAUUGACGUUUGUAUAAAAAUGGUUUAAGCACCGAAUCAUAGACGUUUAUGGGACUUCGUUUAAAAUUCAACCCGAGUCAUGUAGACUAUUAUAUUCUAGCACUGCCGAUAUAACUGUUAGUGGUCUAAAAGGGAAAGUUUGUGAUUUUUUUUGCCUGUUUAACUGCUAAAGAUAACAAUUUCAUAAUUUUGCUUAAACAUGAUAUGAUGUCAACUUUUAUUGAUAUAUCUGGACCAGUGGUUUCAUAUUUGUAUAAAUUCAGAAAUACUGUAAAUACAUUAACUAUAUCUGAAUGUCUUUCUCAUGUCUGUUUAAUAAGAAAGUUGUGUACUAUCCUUCCAUUUUGCUGUCUCUCUUUUCAACAUGAUGGUAUCUAAACAACGUCUGGUGACCAUGUCAAACUGUUAACGAACUUAAGAGAACAGAACAUAUAGUUUAUGAAGACUUUUACCAGCCAGGUUCAUCGUCUUCGUAAUAUAUGGAAUAAUAUAUAGAAACAUACGCAUAGCUGAUGAACAGGUUAUACAAUAUAUGAAAAAAGAAGUAUUAAAAUGUAUAUAAUGUGACCAAAUAUGUUGAGAAAUAACGUUAAACUACCAGAUUCACCAUGUUUCCCCGUAAGCACAAAGUUUCUUUAACAAACUCAUUCGGAACUCCUCGGCCAUUUUUUUUAAAAACAACCUCGGAUGUAUUUGGACGGUUUACAUACUAAAAAAGAGGUACGUUUAAGUCCGCUGCAAGUAGAUCGCGUAGUGAUUUUAUUUAGCAGUUAAACUUUGUGACUUAACUCUUGGGAUAUUUAAUUAUAUUUGCAAUAAUACAAUUCAAUGGCAAUCAAUUUAAACUUAGAUCAAUAAAUACAACUCUAACACACUACAUUUAAUUAAUGAUAUAAUUCAAAAUUUUAUGAACUACUUCAACUGAUAUACCUGCAUAUAUCCGAGGUUGUUUUUGAAAAAAAUGGCCGAGGAGUUCCGAAUGUAACAAACUAAGAUAAUUUUAUAAUUUCUUAAACUCAAGGCGAAAUCUUCUUUGAUGGAUUUAUUCAGUGUGCCAACAUUAAAAAUUGCCAUAAUUUGUUUUUGUUAAAGUGUCGUUACCCUGUUGCGUGAUGACUUCAUUAAGUUUAGAAUGUUCCUUCAAUAGUAUUACAACUUUAUUUUGUAUCAGUGUAUAUUUCUAUGUAUUGUAGUUUAUAUGUUAAAUGCAUAUCAUAUCUAGUCAGAGUUUGCUAAUCAAUUGUCUUUAGAUAUAACUUGUUAACCUUGCGCAAACAUAUUGUAUUUGUUUGUUUUUUAAACAUUUAUAACGAUAUCGUAAGGCUUGCUCUUAAAGCUGCACUUUCACAGAUAUAUCAUUUUUACAACUUUUUUUAUUUUUUUGUCAUGGAAAGGGCAAUUUUUUGCGUAAAUAUCUGCAAACUAAUGAUAUAAGAUUGCUGACAAAAAUCAGAUCGUAGAUUUUCAUAUUUCCGUUCGAAUAUUGAUGUUUUAUGGCUUAAACCGUUACUAACGGUUUAAGAAAAUGCAUUAAACAUCAAAUUUUGAAGUAUAAAAAUCUGCAAUCUAAUUUUUCUUGUAUCACUGGUUUCCAUGGAUUUUCACAAAAAUUGGCUCGUUCAAAGACAAAAAAGUUGUCAAAUCGUUCAAUUUGUGAGAGUGCAGCCUUAAAAUCAAUGCAUACACACGUAUAACAAAAUCGAUUUUGACUGAUAAAUUUCUUACUUAAUAAUGAAUUUAUGGAAAAUAUCAAUUACUGAAAACAAGAUUAUAACCGUGUAUUUAAUAGCAGAAACCGCAAAAAAAUAAAUGAUUGGUGAUUGCUAAAAGAAUAACUGUGGUCUACUAUAGGCCAAUAAGGUAGACAUACCGUGUUUUAUGCUCAUUUCUUUUAAAUUAAAUUCGGUAUCCUUCAUAAAAACCAUUGUUUUCGGCAUUUAUACAUUUUUGGGGGGAAUAUAUUGAAACAAUAUUAAUAAUUGUUGUAAAUCUUAUUUGGGAGUAAGAGUGCAUCUUUAAAAUUAGGAAAAUUUAAUUUACUAGUAUUUUUGCAACGACAAUUGCUUUGUUUUUGAAGAGUUUAUUAAAGAUGCACUCUUACUUCCAAAUACGAUUGACCAUAAUUAAUAGAAUUGUUUUGAUAUACUAAAAAGGACGGAUAAAUGUCCAAAACAAUGGUUUUUGUGAGGGAUACCGAGUUUAAUUUGAAAGAACUAUGCAAAAAACAUGGUAUUUCUACCUUAUGAGACUAUAGUAGAUCACAGUAAAUAUUUUAGCACUAACCAAUCAUUUGCAUGUAAUAUAUUUGCGUUUUCAGCUUUCAAAUACACGGAUACAAUUUUGUUAUCAGUAAUAGUGUCCAUAAAUGCAUUAUUUAGUAAGUAGUUAAAGAUAUACCACUCAAAAUUUAAGUUUGUUAUACAUGUGUAUGUAUUGAUUUUGAAUAAGAGUGUCAAUGAGUUUUGUUAAUACGUCAAAAUGUGAAUACGAUGCUCAGAUUGAAAUAUUGAAAAUAACGUUGUUUUGUAUUUUUAUAACGUGAACAAGUUACAUUAUUACAGUGUAAGUGUAUAUGUUUAUGCAAUUGUUGAUAUAUAGUUAUAUUCUGCUACGAUGUUUUCAUCCAUCUCUGCCAGGCAUAAUCAUUUUUACUUUUACUUAUAUUUGUAUCAUAUGUAUAACAUUACGCUAAUAAAUAUAUUA